AUGACUUCACAAGACAAUGCCAAAUACCAAGAACUCCCCAUAAAACCACAUGGCAUACUCUGGCAAGAAGACUUCAUAACGCCUUCGCACGAAGCGCAACUCAUCUCCAUCUUCCAAAACCAACUAGAAUGGCCCUCCCGAAGUGGUCGCAUAUCCCUCCACUACGGCUACUCAUUCGACUAUAAAACCUUCGGCAUAGACCCGGACAUUCCGUACAAGGAAUUCCCAGAUUGGUUACAACCACUCAUUCCAACCACGGAGGGGCGGCCUCCGGAGCAAGUCUGUCUGCAGUAUUACCCCCCGGGUAGCGGUAUCCCGCCACAUGUAGAUGCGCAUAUGGCGUAUGACCAGCUGUAUGCAUUGUCGAUUGGGGCGCCGAUUAUGAUGCAGUUUCGGCGUGGGGAGGAGCGGGUGGAUGUUGAUUUGGUGCCGAGGUGUAUGAUGCAGAUGACGGGGGAGUCGAGGUUGUUUUGGACUCAUGGGAUUAAGAAGAGGAAGAAUGAUACCCUUGCUGAUGGGGAGGGGGAGUGUGAGUGUGGGGAUGUGGAGGUUUGUGAUGUUGCGCAGAGGAGGAAUGGGGUUGAGAAGGAGAAGAGGAGCUUGAAGGAGUUGGCUGCGAAGGGGGAGGGGGAGGGUGGGGUGUCUGGUUGA